AUCCUAUCCUCCUCACUCACACACUACACCAUUCACAUCUUUUUCCCUCUCCUCUCCGGCGUACUGGCACAGGAACCUGCUUCCUUUUUCUCUUUGUUUCUCCCUCUGUCUCCGUGACCAGCAAUGGCCUUGGAGACAUGCCUCAGAGGCUGGGCCCUGCACGCGCCCCAGGCUGGCAUCAGGGAACGGCUUAGCAGUGGCAGCUACGCGCCAUCCCGGCCAAGGACCGCCGCCCCCGCCGUCGUCUCGCCGUCCCCAUACAAGUACGCUCUGGUGGCGGCACGGCGGCCGUCUCGCUUCGUCUGCAAGUGCAAGAACGUCGUCGACGAAGUGAUUGUGGCUGACGAGAAGAAUUGGGAUAACAUGGUGAUCGCGUGCGAGUCGCCGGUGCUGGUGGAGUUCUGGGCGCCAUGGUGCGGGCCGUGCCGGAUGAUUGCCCCGGUGAUCGACGAACUGGCAAAGGACUACGUGGGCAAGAUCAAGUGCUGCAAGGUGAACACGGACGACUGCCCAAACAUCGCAUCCACCUACGGCAUCCGGAGCAUCCCCACCGUGCUCAUGUUCAAGGACGGCGAGAAGAAGGAGAGCGUCAUCGGCGCCGUCCCGAAGACCACCCUCUGCACCAUCAUCGACAAGUACAUCGGCAGCUAAUUAAUCAUUCUUAAUUAGCGAUUAAUCGAGGACGCACACACCAUUACUGUUCUGUUCGCCAGACAGUAUAUAUGUAUGUAUAUGAUGCUCGUAUACGAUCCACCGGUCAGUUGACUUGUACUACUUUUAAUUCAGAUGCAAAUCGAAAAUGAUUUAUUCGGGCGCACGUCAGUAAA